UAGAGAUUGAAGGGAUAGAAGAGGGGCAAGAUGCCAUUAAAACAAACAAAGAGUGCGCGGGAAAUCGAAAAGGAGCUACUUAUACCAUACUCCUCCGUAACCACCGUAGAACCUCUGCUCCCGAGUUCCCACUAGCGUAUUGCCGAAACCAAAGGUAGGGUUCCACCCUUCAACCCUCUGUCAUCAUCAAUGGCGCCGACGAAGCGUAAAAAUGACGGGAAAGAAGGCACGGCUUCCGAGAAUAUCAAGUCAACAAGAGCGACUCGAAGCUCGACCCGCCAAGCGAGCCAAGGGGUUGCGAAGGUGGUGAUUGAGGCGGCGCCGAAGACCAAGAAGGCUAAGCUCAGCUCCAAAGAGAAGCCUGAUACAAAGUCUAAGCCCAGUUCCAAAGAGAAGCCACAACCAAAACCUAAAACAACAGAAGCAGCAGCAGCAGAUCUACCGUCUAACGGCGUAAAUGGUUCAAAGACGAUCGUGAUUGAGCACUGCAAACAAUGCACUCAAUUCAAAAUAAGGGCUGCGAAGGUGAAGCUUGGUUUGGAGACUGCUGUAUCUGGCAUUAAUGUGCUCGUCAACCCAGAAAAGCCUAGAAGAGGAUGCUUUGAAAUACGCGAAGAAGGUGGCAAGCAGUUCAUCAGUCUUCUGGAUAUGAAGCGACCAUUUGGACCUAUGAAGGCAUUGGACAUGGAUGCUGUGAUAUCGGAUAUCGUUGACCAGGUCAAAUGAUCUAACAAGUCACCCAUAUAUGGGAUAUGUACCUUAAAUGGCUUGUUGAAGUUGCAGCAGUGUUUUCUAUUUUCAUCAAUGUUUGUUAGUUUUUGUGACCAACUUGAAACGGUUUCCUAGAUGUAAUCCAUCACUAUUCACCCCCUCAGUGUUCUUUGUUGUGUAAGUUCAACUAUUUGAGUUUUUGAAACUGAAAUUUGAGAUCUUUCGUUAUUUUGGAGUGUACACCAG